AUGUUUACCCGCCCACUCUUCAAUUUUUCACCACGCCAUCUGUGCCUCUUUUUAAGUGCUCACAGUUCCCCUCCAAGUCUUCGCGAACCAAUGAGUCUUCGCGAGGACUGGGGUCGUCUUGUGGACGAGGUAUGUAACAUGGAUAGCACUGAACCGCUCCCAGAAGAGUUUGUUCCCUCAGAAUUCCUCCCUGGGGGUUGCGAACUCCCUGCUGACUUGUUGCACUACCUCCGGAGCGGAGCAAAUGCUUUUGAGGCUGAAACUGCUGAUCUUUUUCAGCCGCAAACUUCCACUGAGGAGGGGUUUCACGCUGCACCCAUUGUCAGUCGUUACGGCACGGCGGGAACCCUACGCAACCUAGUUGGUGAUCGAGGCGAGAACCCGCGACUACCGAGGCACGAGGGACCGAACUUUUACGAGGCCUAUCGCGCUCACGCCGCCUUGAACGGCGAGGGAGGCGGAAGGAACAACCUCACUUCCUCUGCUUCUGCCGCUGCGGCGGCAGGAAGUGCGGGGGCUAACAAUAUUCUUCGUUCAAUUGGGAAUGGGAUUCGUAUCAAUCCUGGAUUCAUGGUGCCGGAGUAUCAUUCGCAGAGGAACCGGAAACUUAACUUUGUCCCCCUGAUUCUCAUUUCGCCUUCUGUUUCUUCUGUACUUCAGGUGAUCAACAUCAAAGAUUUCUUGGAGGAUGGUGUUUACGUUGAGCCGUCCUCACGGUUCUUGAACCCCGUAACGGGCGACAUGAACGUUGAAGACGCGCCGAAGCACAUCACUGUCAAACCGGGAAGCUUCCUAGAUGCGGACAAGUACCGUGUAGCGUACAGAGAGUUUCGUGUUGUGAAUGGACCAAAACAGGUAAAGAACUGGAACCAUGUCUGUGCGUGCAUCGUAGACGGCAAUGAGUGGCAAUUUAACCGUUGGUUUCCAGACGAAGUUCCUUCCUUGUGUGUGAGCCGACUUUUUCAGCGUGUGUGUGGUUUUUUACCUUACUUUGAGGAGGAUAAACCACCCAAGGCCCUUCAGGAGUGGCAUGUUACUCCGUUGAAGUUGACACGCCGCGUUGUGAAGUCGCACACUCACAUUCGCCAGGCGUCUGCCUUUUGGGAGCACUUGUACCUGUUUCUGGACACACAUCCCCUCUUUAAGUUGUUCACCGUCCCGCCGGACCAGCCGUAG